AUGACCGCUCGGGACUGUAGCCCCCUUACCCCGCUGUUGGAAACGCUGGAGGAUCCCGCCACCUCUGUGGGGGAGCAAGUGGAUGCCUACCUGACUUUAGCCAGUCGACUGACUGGAGAAGAAGGGAAAGAAUUCAUUGUAGAAAUCAAGAAACAGCUUCCUCGUCUUUAUAAAGCAUUUAAGACCCACAUUUCUAGUCAAAACUCAGAACUGAAUAGUGCUACUCUACAAGCUAUGGGGUUUUGUUUAUAUAACCCUCAGAUUACCUCAGGAUUAUCAGAAAGAGAAAUGGAAGAGCUGCUUUCACAGUUGACUGAUAUUGCGACAAAGAGUACAGACAAAAACACACGUACUCGAGCACUUUGGGUAAUGUCUAAACAGACAUUUCCCAGUGAAAUUGUUGGCAAAGCAGUACCCAGUAUAAUUACCAUGUUAGAAGUAGUAUUUAAUAAGGUGGAUGUGCAUUCUAUGGUGGUUGAUUAUGAAGCACUAAAUGUUAUCAUACGACUAAUAGAACAAGCCCCUAUUCAAAUGGAAGAAGAAGCAGUGAGGUGGGCAAAGCUGAUCAUACCUUUAGUGGUACAUUCAGCUCAGAAGGUACAUUUGCGAGGAGCUACUGCCUUAGAGAUGGGAAUGCCAUUGUUGCUCAAGAAACAGCAAGAAGUAGCAGCUGUUACUGAGCAGCUUAUGACGACUAAACUAAUUCCAGAACUACAAAAGCUAUUCAUGAGUAAAAAUGAAACAUAUGUGUUAAAAUUGUGGCCUUUAUUUGUUAAACUUCUUGGAAAGACUCUUCAUCGAAGUGGGAGUUUUAUUAACUCACUGUUACAGCUAGAAGAACUUGGAUUUCGUAGUGGAGCACCUGUGAUAAAGAAAAUUGCCUUUAUUGCCUGGAAAAGUUUGAUAGAUAAUUUUGCAUUAAAUCCAGAUAUACUGUGCAGCACAAAGCGACUCAAAUUACUAAUGCAGCCAUUGAGCUCUAUUCAUGUGAGAACAGAAGCUCUAGCACUGACAAAGCUGGAAGUCUGGUGGUAUCUGCUAAUGAGGCUUGGACCUCAUCUUCCUACAAAUUUUGAACAGGUUUGUGUACCCUUGAUUCAAAGUACAAUAAGCAUAGACUGCCAUGCUGUAUCCCAAGGAACUCCAUCUCGUGGAGCAGCUAAUACAAGUUUAACCCCUGUUACUCCUAACCAGAAAGCAGGCUCAUUCCCAUUUGGAACUCCUGUUACACCAAGGAUGAACUUGUCUCUUAAUACCAGUGGAAUGGCAGCCAUUCCAUCCAUUCAACUCUUGGGAAUUGAAAUGUUACUUCACUUCUUGCUGGGGCCAGAUGUUUUGGAAUUUGCUAAGAAAAACAAACUUGCAUUGAGUUUAGAGCCUCUUCAGCAUCCUUUAAUCAGUAGCCCUUCGUUCUUUUGUAAACAUGCAAAUAUACUCAUAGCUGCAGUUCAAGAUAGCUUUAUUGCUGUUGGAAAAGAUGCUUCAGAUGCUGUGAUCUAUGCCAUAUGGAAAGAUAUUAUUUGCUUUGUGAAGUCAGUUAUCGAAUCAGGUAACAAAAAAGAAAGACAGGGUUCAGAAGUAUUGACCCUUUUGCUGCAGUCUUUGAAAAGCAUAGUAACAGCCAGUGCAUUUCCUGUGUCAAAAACAUUGGUCCUCAUAGAAAUUACAAUUAAAGGACUACCUCAGAAAGUAUUAGGUUCUCCAGCAUAUCAAGUUGCUAACAUGGAUCUUCUUAAUGGAACUCCAGCUUUGUUCUUAAUUCAAUUAAUUUUUAGUAGUAACCUCUUGGAAUGUGGUGUGGCUGAUGAAAGAUUCUUUCAAAACCUGGAAACACUUGUAGGUUGUGUUCUUACUGGCCCAACUUCUCCAUUAGCUUUCAGUGACUCUGUUUUAAAUGUUAUUAAUCAAAAUGCAAAGCACCUUGAUAAUAAAGAACAUCUGUGGCGAAUGUGGAGCAUCCUAGUCAAUCCAUUAACUGAACUGAUUAACCAGACGAAUGAAGUAAAUCAGGGAGAUGCGUUGGAACACAAUUUCAGUGCUGUCUAUAGUGCAUUGAUGCUACCAAUAAUCCAUAUCUUUCCAUCACAAGAGUUUCCAUUGCCCACUAUGAAAUCAUUACUUCGAACUUGGUCAGAAUUGUAUCGAACAUUCGCCCGUUGUGCAGCUUUGGUAGCAACAGCAGAAGAAAAUUUGUGCUGUGAUGAACUUUGCCUUAAAAUGAUGUCUGGUUUAGAUGACAACACCUUUGCAAACUUGUCCUUUUUGGAUAGGAUUGCUCAUGUUACUAUAGUAAUGGUUGAAUGCAUCAAUUUUUCACCAUAUAGUACUAAACAUCAACCCCAAAUUAAAUUACCACAGACACCUACAGAUUGGUCCAAGAAAAAAAAAGAACCUUUAGGGAAGUUGGCUUCUUUAUUUAAGCUUAUCCUGAAGAUGUUGGGUGCUUUUCAUAAUGUCAACUUCAAAGACCUUCAUUCAGAGACCCUACUCUCUGUGGGUAGUUCAAUUAUCAGCAUUAUUUCUAAUAUUCUUGGUCAUGUGUCUUUGCCUUCGGUGAUACAAACAAUCUUUGCAACUUUAACAAAGCCUUUGGCAUUGUUAUGUGAAAACUCUAAGCUGAGAGAUGUGCCUAAAGUAUAUAACUGUCUCAACAACAAGUUAGAAAAGCUCUUGGGAGAGAUUCUUAGAUGUCUUCAGUUUCGCUACAGUGGCACUUAUAACAGUGAGCUUUUAGAACAACUCUCCCCAUUAUUGUGCAUAAUAUUUCUGCACAAAAAUAAACAGAUCCGCAAACAGAGUGUUCAGUUCUGGAAUGACACAUUUGCUAAAGAGACUGUUCUGGAGUAUCCUGAAGAGCUAAAGACUGUAUUGAAACAAGCCAAACAGAAGUGUUUACUUUUGUUACCUGGUUUGGAAGUUGAACCAAUAGAAGAAUCUGGUGGCCUCUAUUCAGAGGGAACAGAAAAUUCACAAUUGGAUGCAAAGAUAAGUGGUAUAGAAAUACAGUCUCUUGGAAAACAAGAUUCUUUAUCAUUACGUGUGAGGAAUUUGAAAGGAAAAGAUCUAAAAUCACCAUCUAAGUUAAAACUAGAAUUUUUAUCUCCAAAACUAAAAAAGAAUGACAUUUUGGAAGAUUGUUCAUCUGUUGAUUUUGUGUUUAUACCUCCUAAUGAGAAAGAAACAAAGGAAAGAAUUCUAACUGAACAUCAGAAAGAAGUACUUAGAACAAAAAGAAGUGAUAUUCCUACCCUCUAUAAUAAUCUGGAUAUAUCACAAGAUUCUUUUUCUUACCAUACUCAAGAAGAAACUAUGGAAAAUCCAAGUUUAACUGAGGAACCCAAGGAAAAUUCAAAGGUUAUCCCAAAGGAGGAAGAAUCAAAUGCUAAUACAAAGAAUAAUGCUGAAGAUAUCAAAGUAGAUAGUAGUAUUGAGAAGCAUCCUGAAAAACCCUCUGUUCCAAAACAUAAGAUGCAAAGUUGCCAUGAGAAUAACAAUUCAGAAUUAAAUAUAAAAAAACACAUUGAAAAAAAUACUUCUAAAAUUGUUUCAAAAGAGCCUUCAGGAGAAAACACAUGUAUCAGUGAAAAUACCUUGAAUGCCAGUAGUGGCUCAGUUUCUAGUGGACCUAUAAGCCGAAGACAGUCUUUUAUUACUUUGGAAAAAUUUGAUACAUCAGAAAAUAGACCCUUUAGUCCUUCUAUCUUGAAUACUGUAUCAGGAGCUGUUACAGUGUCAGAGAACCAAGGAAAUAUGGAUAUAGCAAGUACCUCAGUGAAAAUAAAGACCAAAGAAAUAAAUAUUUCAAAACCUGAUAGAGAUAAAAUGGUUAGUGGAACCAAAAAAAUGGUUCGAAGGCCAUAUAAAACAGAACACACAGGAAGUAAAAGACCUAAGCUGUUAAGAUCAGAACAAGAAAAAAAUGUGCAAGAAUCUGGUGGUUCUAUAAUACCUGUAGAAAAUAAGUUGACUGAUUUGCUUGAUCAUACAGAGUGUAUAUCGGAUACCCAGGACACUCUUCCUCAAGCUAAAGUAUUGGAAUGUGAUGAAAUAAAGUGUAAACAUCCAGUAGAAAAUCUUGUAAAGGUAGAAAAUAUUACUGAAAAAAAUGAUGUAGGAAAUAAUUUGGAAUCCAAAGAAAACACACCCCCAGAAGUAAUAAUCCCAACUGAACAAAUACCUAAUGAUGAUAGUCAUAUACAGGUAUUAUCUAAUCAAAAAACACUUAGAAGGUCUUUAAGACGACGCUCAGAUACAGAAGGUACUCCAGAUAGACAAGAUAAAGAAAACAGUCAACAAAAAAAGGAAAGGCGAAAGGAAGAGGAGAAGUGUGUUCAGAAGAAGUUAUCACAAAUAAAAGAUGAUGUAUCACAAAAGCAGAAACCAGUUUCUGAAAAAAAUGCAGGUGAACAAGAACAUUUAAGUAAAAAAGCAAACAAUGUACUUGAGAAGACUUCAGAGCAAACUAACGUUGAAAUUACCAAAUUAAAACCUGAAUUUGAGAGUAGGUCAAUUGAUGAUUUUCAGGAUUGUAGUUCAGAUAAAUCCUCACAAAAACCAUCAAGAGGACGAACAAGAUAUCAGACAAGGAGAGCAUCCCAAGGUUUACUUUCUAGUAUUGAAAACUCUGAAUCUGAUAGUUCAGAGACUAAAGAAGAAAUUUCUAACAAAAAAAGAUCUGGAAAAUGGAAAAAUAAAGGAAGUAGUCUUGAAAAUGAAAGCCUUAAGGGAAAAAUAGGAAGUAAGGAUUGUGUUGACUCUGAAACUAAAACUGAAGGAAAAAAUGGAGGAGAAACAAAUUCUGAAUUGGACAUGGAAAUAGCAUUGUCGUCUCAAAUUUUUGAUGUGAAGGAUGAACAUAACUCUUCUAUUAUUAAUGAUUCUAUAAUAUCUGCAGACCCAUCAGAAGUUUCUAGUGAUACAGAGAACACAAAUGAGGAGAAAAGUAAAACUAACACAUUGACAGAGGACGCUGUUACAAACUACUCUGUGCCAGAAUUAAUUUUAAGGACUAGAAAUGUAAAUAAAAAACUACAUAAACAAGAUUCUAUGGACAAUAUUGCUGUUUCUCCAGGGGGAGAUGUUUCAGAUACAUCUGAUACCUCUUUGCUUUCUGAAAACCACCCCCUACAGGCAACUGAAUGUCUUCACAAAAGAAGUAGGAGGGUAAGAAGAUCAAAAAGCUGUGAUUGUUGUGGAGAAAAGUCAAAACUUCAGGAAAAAUUCUUUACUUCAUUAAAAAACACAGAUAAUUAUGAUGUAAAAAUUAAUGAACCACAAAAACUAGAAUUGCAGGCUACUGAGUGUACUUUGGAAACUUCUUAUGUUAGCACAGACAUAGAGGUAACACCUUUAAAGGAAUCUUUUAUUGUAGUUGAACCAUUACUUCACAGUAAAGAGACUGAAGCUGUGAGUGUUUCAAUGACUGCACCAGAAAAUGAAUUGAAAGAAAAUUCCAGUCUUGGGGAUUGUUCUCCCCUUGAAAAAAUAAACUUUCAAAACAAAACUUGCGUUAUUAUUGAUAAUAAAACAGACUUUUUAGGACAGGAACCUUCUGAUAAAGGUGAUAAAAUAAAUGAUCCUAGUUUACCAAUUAAUAAUUCUCAGGAUUCUUUGGAACAGAAACCUUUUCUAGAGAUGAACCAAGGCCAACCAAUAACUUCAUUAAAAGAGGAAAUAAGUCAGUCUGUAGAACUUAGGAAUGCUGAUGAUGGAAAUAGUACAUUUGAUGUAAAGACAAAAUCUGAUCCUGAAGCAGACAUUUCAGAAACAGAGAUAAAGUGUGAAAUUGUUACAGCUGAGAUAGAUAAGAUUAAGUCAAGUGCUGAGGUAGAUGUCCCUGAGGUAGGGAUGCAGAUUGACACAUCUGGGGAAAGUGACAUGGCAGAAAGGGAAACAACUGAGCCUAAGACUGAAGUAGAUAAUGCCGAUACUAAAACACUCUCUGAUACUAAGGCUGAGAUGGGUAGUGCGCAGGCCAAAGCACUUGAGGCAAGUGCUGAAACUGAUGUGUUAGAAUCACCUGAGGAAAUAAAUACUAUAAAAGUGAAAGCAGAAUCUGACACAUCAGAAAAGGUAAAAGUGGACACUAAUGACACUGAAGAAACUAAGUUAGGUCAAGAUGUGGUGGAUGAAAUUAAUAUAAAGAAAAUUCAGGAUACCUCAGAGAAAGUGGAAGAACCAGCAAAAACACUUGUAAAUGUUUCUGAACUGAUAAUAGAAAAUAAUGUUUCUCCUCAAAAAUUAAGGGGAACAGACACUCAGACUGAAAAUGAAAGCCCAAGUGGAGUGCGUACACGUUGUAUAUGGUCUCCUUUGGCUUCUCCAUCUACCAGCAUUUUGAAGAGAGGAAUAAAAAGGCAACAAGAAGAUGAGGCCCCAUCACCUCUUAAUAAGGUUCGGAGAGUUUCCUUUGCAGAUCCAAUUUACCAGGAAGGACUGGCAGAUGACAUUGAUAGGAGAAGUCCAGUUGUUAGAUCACAUUCUUCUCAUUCUUCAAAUAAUUCUUCAGUAGCUAAAAGUCUUAAAAGUUCUCCUACUGCACAGUCCAAGCAUAAUACCACUCCAACCAAAGGAUUUCUGUCCCCAGGAUCACGUAGCCCUAAAUUUAAGAGCUCAAAGAAGUGUUUAAUUGCCGAAAUGACCAAAGAAUCCCCUCAAUGUUCCAGUGAAAGUAUAUAUCCAGCCUUGGUGAGCUGUGGAGCACCGGUUGACAUUAUUUUACCUCAGAUUACUUCAAAUAUGUGGGCAAGAGGCCUGGGACAGCUCAUUAGAGCGAAGAAUAUUAAGACGAUUGGUGAUCUAAGCACUCUUACUGCAACUGAAAUAAAAACACUUCCUAUUCGUUCUCCAAAAGUUUCCAAUGUUAAAAAGGCUCUCAGAGUAUAUCAUGAACAGCAGAUGAAGUCUCGAGGACUAGAAGAAAUUACCCUUUUUGAGGUUUCAGAGAAAUCAUUAAAUGGAAUGGAAAAUAAACCAAUUAUUCCUGAUGAAGAAACAUUUGUUUCAGAUCUAAUUGAGCCAGUUGCCUCAGAUAGUCAUCAGGCCAGAAAUCUUAUGGCUCAAAUCAGUGCUCUUGCCCUUCAACUAGAUUCAGAAGACCUGCAUAAUUAUUCAGGAAGUCAACUUUUUGAAAUGCAAGAGAAACUUGGUAGCAUGACUAACUGCAUAAUGAAAAAUCUCCAAUCUCGAUGGAGGUCACCACCCCACGAAAGCACUACUUAGGAUUUUCCUUAGAAUAACAUAGAAGUUCUUUAACAUCACAGUUUUUGUUAACUGAAGAUGGCCAC